CGUUACUCGGGUGUAGCCCGGCCCGCGCCACCGGUCAUCAGGUCGGUUGCCUUGUGCAAUCGUCGACGGUGGUACAGUCCCAAGCCCUUGCAUGGACACAAGGCUUACCCGAACACUUUAAUUCGACAGACUAUAACUUUGGUGGUGGUGGUGAGGUCAUGCCUGCUCUCUGGUCUUCUUGGCCCGGCGCUUUCAGUGCCGACUCGAGAGGUUGUCCAACAACUCACGGCAAGCGAUUCGUAGAUUCCAAAACCCGCCACGUUCCUAGUACAUGACCCCUUUCUGUAGCCCUGCUAGCGGAGUAGGCGAUGGUACUACACAUGCAAUCCCACUGCAUUAGACAACUAAAGCCACCGCGGAAACCCGAACUUGGCCAUCUACAUCGCGUUCUCCAGAUGAAGAAAACCCCCCUACAACAGCCAGAGUACAUCAUAAAAGACCAUCACCAAGCACUUACCCAACUAACACAUCUCAUUUAUUUCCCCCUCAACCCACUGCAUGGCAUUAGUACGCGGGGGCACAGUACUGAUUCAAAUGAAGUAUGCAUCAUUGCGACCAAGCUUCAUACCUCAGUCAACUGGGGUACUGUACAAUUAACCAGGCCAGCGGACAUGAUCCAUGAUCGGUUGCGAACCUUCCAAAAUGAACUGCUCCAUCGAGAAUCCGCUAUUCUGAAACGCUCGCUAGCUUUUUCAGAUCUGAUACACCGACAAGGGGACCGAUCAUGGGAGGACUGUUCCCCCCUUUGGGUUAUGGAGAGAAGGUCCGGGGGUGAUGUGUUUGUGGAUUCAGGGUAUAUUUCGCGGACACGUGGGUGAUGUUGCUCCUGCUAUGACAGAUAGCAAGCAGAGGAUACGUUGACAUGUUGUCGCCCACCCAACGUGGUCUCAUCAGUGUAGCAUCCUCGCA